CUCUCUGACGAAAUAACUGUGCGUUAGUCAAAAUUGAACUUGUUGCUUGCCAGCACUUCACGGUUUCUGUCGCUCCAUUCAGAACCAGGAUCAUCCCAGACUGGGAGCCUGGAACUCUGGAGAAUCAAGGAGAAGAGAAAGGCGCACCGAGAACAAAAGUGUUGCUUUGGAGUGGAGAUAUUUGGACACUUUUACGCACGCAUGUUACGCACUGGGACUAACUGGAGUUAAGGACAUAUAUCAGUAUUUGCACAUUUUAUGGAAUAAAACAGCUUUAAAAAUGAUACUAAAUAUAAAGCACAUCCUUUGGUUAUAUUGUCUCUGUGAAGCUGCAACUGUAACAGCCUCCAAUGCAUUAUCGAUUAUCAGACCAGUCACUGGGUCUCUCUCAGGGAAGGUCAAUCUUCCCUGCUACUUCUCCACCAUCCCAACCUCAGCACCGGUCAUCAGUCCCAAUGGAACUACCAUUUAUAACGGAGAUUACUUGCGGAUCAAAUGGACCAAAAUAGAGGGAGAAGUAGAAUCCACAGUGCUGGUAGCACAAAACGGGUUCAUCAAAAUAGGCUCCAGCUACAGGAACCGUGUAUCAGUGCCUAGUCACCCUGAGGACGUAGGCGAUGCCUCAUUGACAGUGGUCAAGCUGCGUGCCAGUGAUGCGGGUACCUAUCGUUGUGAGGUCAUGUACGGCAUUGAGGACACCCAGGAUACAGUUAACCUUGAUGUCAACGGUGUUGUGUUCCACUACCGGGCAAGUACUAGCAGGUACACUUUGGACUACCCGACGGCCAUCCAAACUUGCCAAAAUAUUGGAGCAACGAUUGCUACAUAUGAACAACUAAAAGCAGCCUAUGAGGAUGGCUUUGAUCAAUGUGACGCUGGAUGGAUUGCUGACCAGACCGUGAGAUACCCUGUGACAAAGCCAAGGAAGGGCUGCUAUGGCAACCUACAGACUAAACCUGGUGUCAGGUCGUAUGGGACCAGGAAACCCACGGACACCUAUGAUGUAUACUGUUAUGUUGACAAACUUAAGGGUGAAGUGUUCUAUGCUCCUGUGACCCAUAAGAUGACUUUUGAGGAGGCACGUAACGAGUGUAAGAAGAGAAACGCUGUCCUGGCAACCCCUGGCCAGCUCCAUGCUGCCUGGCGACAAGGUCUAGACAAAUGUGACUAUGGAUGGCUCUCGGACGGCAGUGCACGACAUCCUGUCUCAGUACCCAGACUGAAAUGUGGGGGAGGCCUGCUCGGCGUUAGGACCAUGUACCGCUACAGGAACCAGACUGGCUUUCCAGAACCAACUAUGAAGCUCGGGGCUUACUGUUUUAAAGGAAGAAGAGAAGUGAUCAACCAGACUUCCUUUGUGGAUAUGGCUGUGGUAGAAAUUAUUUCCACCACCACCAUCAGCUCGACUACCAUCCCUUUACUGGAGAGUAGCUCUACUACGCUAACCCCAACAUCUGAAACUACAACAGAGGCAGAAGAGUCUCCAGACACUUCAGUUCCUACAAAUCCUCCAUCUAUGUUCUCUACCAGUAUGGCACCACCUCGGCCUACUACAGCAGACCAGGAAGAAGAGUUAAUCACCACAGUUGCACCGACCAUCAAAGAGGAACAUGAAGACACUGAUGUAACAGCUACACCAGACUUUAAUGUUGAUGAUUUUGUAAGUGAAAAUACCCAUGUGGAAUCUAUUCCCCGGCGUGGUGACACAUUCCCACAUCCACAAAACACAACAGAAAGCACUGAUACCACAGAGCCUACAGAGGAGCCAGAUGACGAUCACUCAGUAAUAGAGAUCAGCACAAUUCAACCAGAUAUCCCUAUACCAGAUACGUCUGUCAUCACAGAGCCCUUGUUUGCUAAGGGGAAAACUGAGGAAACUGUUCCGGACUCUGCGAUCACCACAGCAGUGACGUCUGACCUCGCAGACACUACAACAGAAUCAAGCGAACUGAGCAGCGAGGAAGUGUUCAGCUCCUCAGCACCUUCAACCGGUGGGCUUGAGUCAACAACAGCAUUUCCUGACUAUAAUUAUGGCAUUGAUGAGAUUGCGACUGAGUUUGGUGUGGAGGCAUUGCCACCUACUCCACCAUCUCAGCAGGACCUCACAUCCAGCCCAUCAGACAGCACUAGUAUUAGUGAUGAAACAACAAUCUCCACAACAAUCCCCACAACAACCUUUAUGUGUAACACCCAACCCGGCAGCGAGGAGGAGAUCACCACCACCACACCGGCCACCACACCAGAGACUACACCUCAAAUGCAGGCUGUAGAGACAACAGCUGUCUUCAAGGAAGAGACCACAUCUGCAGCUUCAACAGGCACCACUGUCAUGAUUGACAGUGAACUGUCUACUGACGAUGUGACAUCAUCAACAAGUGUACAGGUCUUUGAUGAGUCUACCACUCAGUUGCCAGAGCCCGGCGAUGACUCAGUGACAGAGGACGACACAGCAACAGAGAUUGGCACCGAGUUCUUUACAUCAGCUCCCGUGGCUUCAGCUGUUGCUGAUGGGACUACUACUCCACAUGCAGUGGUCACUGUAUCAGUUGACCAGGCUCUGCAGUCACAAGACUCUCAGUCUCCUGCCAUACCAGUUGUGUCUGACCAUCCCACGCCUUCAAUAGCCGACGGUGAGCCUAUCUUGCAGAGUAGAGACCCAGACGUUUUCUCACAAGCUGCUGUAACCAUCACCCCAACUGUUAGCUUUAUAAAUGGUAAACAUGAGAUCACACUGGAGCCACAGAGCCCAGAAGCAAAAGAGGCCAAAGGUAGCCAGACUUUGACAAAUGUGACAACUCUAGAAACAAGCGAAGAAAUUACAACUGUGUUCGAUUAUAGUUGGACUGAUCUCUCUGUUGAUAGCACCACAGAGUCUACAGAGGAACCCACAGCAAUACUGACCUCUACAGAGAUCCCAGAUGUUACUGACUAUGACCCUUAUAUAAUCCCAAUAGUUGAAUCAACACCACCUCAAAUACUCCCUGAUAUAGAUGAGCUGACUACAAAAGGCCCCACACAGACAGAUACAACCUCUGUUCUGGUCUCAACAGAGGAUGACAUGGCUCAUUCGAAAACUACACAAAAAACUGCCACAGAUGCCACACGGGUGAUGAGUGAUGUCACAGCUACCUCCGCUGACUUUGUUCCUACAGUAACACCAGCUGAGAGGCAGAUCACCAAAGUAACAAAAGAAACCCAAACAAUGAAGGCUGGGGAAACCACCACUGUCAUCACCUCAUCUGUACAAGAAGAGGUAGGCGAGUCAGGGAGGACUCCCACGUAUGUGAAAAGUGACUCAGAAGUGACUCAGACAGAGAAGACUAAGGACCAAGCCCCUGUGACUUCUUCAUCUGAACGUUACACAGCCAAAGAUGAAGCUGAAACCACAGAGGAAUCAAAGAGCACAUCUGCCGCUCCAGCUGUUGAAGACAGCACUCAUUCUACAUUACAGCCUGUGCACACUCCCUCGUCUGAUGACGCUGAUGGGAAAACAUCAACAUCAACAACUAGUGACUCACAGAGCUCCACUCAAGAUGUGGAGGGAGGGAAAGAGACCCAAGCCCCAAAAGAAUUUGCCUUCAGCACAAUGGCUCCUUCAGUAUCUAUUAGUUCAAUUUCUUCUGAACAGACAGACAGGACUGAGGUAACACCAGCUAUAGAUGUAGGAAGCACUGAAUCAUUAACAUCUAUUGCACCUGCCUUGGCUGAAACUUCAGAGGGUUCAGUCACAAGUCAGGGAGAGACUACAGACAGACAAAUGCCUUCCAUCACACCUACUGAGAAACUUGCAACUGAUGCAAUGUCUACACCUGAGCACGAGGGUUCAGGGGUUCAAACAGUAACCAUAUUUACAAGCAGCCCGCCAUCACGUCACACCUCUGCAGGGACUGUGACGUCAUCUUCAAGUUUAAAUGCAACAGAUGAAGCUACAUUGGAGACUGAUGUAACAUUAAAAGAGACAACAACUCCUCCCUCUCACGAAUCUGUUGAAACCACUCCUUCCCCCUUAUACAGUGCUAUUAAAAUUAUCACAACAACAAUGGCCUCAUUCACUGAAUAUUUCAGUCAGUACUCAACACAAACUGAAUUACCUGAACAAAAAGUGGAUACAAUGUCAAGCACUGAGACUGCAUCUUUGACACCAACCGAAAGUGAAACAAGAGUGCCAACUGCAUCAGUGUCACCUGACACACAAGCAACUGUAACCACAAGUCAGACAGAUAAAGCAUCAGUCACACCAGAAUCAAGUAGUACUCUCUCAACAACAGAUGAAGAGAGCUCAGGUGUACAGACAACAGAGAUGUCCAGCAAACAAACAACGACUCCGACAGUAUCUUCAUUGUUUAGCACGGAGAAGCCAACAGCAGUGCCAGAUAUACACAGUACUGUUACAAAACGUACAGAAAGCCCAUCAGUUACUGGGAGGGUGGAGAAAAGCUCUGUCUUGACCCCAGCAGAAGAAGGUGGCUCAGGCGACCAAACCGAAGACAUGUUCACUAAGAGCUCCUCGGUCACCACUAAAUCGUCUCUCUAUAGCACUAAAGCACCAACAGCAGCAUCUUCUAUUGCCUCCUCUGUUGUUUCGGACAUUGAGGAAAAAGAAGUUAGUAGUGAAAUUACAACAGUGGAGUCGAUUCCUUCAUCUAGUGGAUCAACUGUGAAACCUGAGACAACAUCACUCCUCAUUACCACCGAUACAAAGAUUUCUGGAGACGGCAGUGUGGAUUUCACUGAAGACUCAAACAUCACAGCAACUACUGUCUCCUCUAUGUUGAGUACAGAGUCACCAUUAGUCACAGCCACAGGUGAAACUGAAAAAAGUGAUACUUCAAAAACAACUGUGACUGUAACUUCAUCACUGUACAGUACUGAUAGACCGUCUUCAGUGUCACCUGAAACAGAAGCAACUGUAACCUCAAGUGAGACAGAGAAAGCAUCAGUCACACCAGAAUCAAGUAGUACGCUCUCAACAACAGCUGAAGAGAGCUCAGAUGACCAGACUACUGAGGUGUCCAGCAAAGAGUCUACGACUUCUACACCUUCCUCAUUGUUUAGCACAGAGAGGCCAACAGCAUUACCAGUUACCGAAGAGGACAGUGCCGCCACAGUCCAGACAGAGAAACCCUCAGUAUUUUCAAUUACUGCUAAGACAGAGCACAGUUCCAUUUACACCCCAGCAGAAGAAGAAGGGUCAGGCAAUCAAACAGAAGACACGUUCACUCAGACCCCCUCUGUCACAGCUAAAUCAUCCCUUUACAGCACAGAAGCUUCACCAUCAAUGUCACCUGAAAAACCAGCAACUGUAACCACAAGUGAGACAGAGAAAGCAUCAGUCACACCAGUAUCAAGUACUACUCUCCUAACAACAGAUAAAGAGAGCUCUGGUGAUCAGACGACUGCGGUGUUCAGCAAAGAGACUACAACUCCUACAGCCUCCUCAUUGUUUAGCACAGAGAAGCCAACACCAUUGCCAGGUACAGAACAGGACAGUGACGUCACAGUCCAGACAGAGAAACCCUCAGUAUCUUCAGUUACUGAUAAAACAGAGCAAAGUUCCAUUUCCACCCCAGCAGAUGACGGAGGCUCAGGCGACCAAACCCAGGACAUGUUCACUCAGACCUCCUCUGUCACAGCUAAAUCCUCUCUCUACACAACUGAAGCACCAACAUCAAUGUCACCUGAUGCAAAAGCAACUGUAACCUCAAGUGAGACAGAGAAAGCAUCAGUAUCACUAGAAUCAAGUACUACUCUCCCAACAAAAGAUGAAGAGAGCUCAGGUGAUCAGACGACUGAGGUGUCCAGCAAAGAGAUUAUAACUUCGAAAGGUUCCUCAUUGUUUAGUACAGAGAAGCCAACAGCAUUGCCAGGUACAGAACAGGACAGUGACGUCACAGUCCAGACAGAGAAACCUUCAGUAUCUCCAAUUACUGAUGAGAUAGAGUACAGUUCCAUUUCAACCACAACAGAUGAAGAAGGCUCAGGCGAUCAAACUGAACCCAUGUUCACUCAGACCUCCUCUGUCACAACUAAAUCAUCUCUCUACAGUACUGAUGUUUCACCAUCAAUGUCACCUGAAACACCAGCAAUUGUUAGCACAAGUGAGACAGAUAAAGCAUCAGUAACAUCAGAGUCCAGUAGUACUUUCUCAACAACAGAUGAAGAGAGCUCAGGUGACCAUAAUACUGAGGUGUCAAGCAAAGAGUCUACAACUCCUACAGGCUCCUCAUUGUUUAGCACAGAGAGGCCAACAGCAUUGCCAGUUAGAGAACAGGACAGUACCGUCACAGUCCAGACAGAGAUACCCACAGUAUCCCCAAUUACAGAUAAGAUGGACCAAAGUACUAUUCCUAUCCCAGCACAUGAAGAAGGCUCAGGUCUUCAAACCCAAGACAUGUUCACUCAGACCUCCUCUGUCACAGCUAAAUCAUCCUCUGACAGCACUGAGACACAAACAUCAAUGUCUCCUCAAACAACAUCAUCUGAUAUGAAAAUAACAAGCUCAAUAACAACGUCUCCAAAUUUGACCUCAGUUAUAUCAUCCACAAUUACAGGCACCGUGGAUGAGAUUAUUAGCAGGAAGCCUACAAUGGCAGCAUCCAUGACGUUAAUCAGUGGGUCUACCAUGAGCCCUGAAACAUCAGCAUCCUCAUCAUUUCUGACUACCACCGAUACAGAAGGUUAUGAAGACACCAUAACAUGGACAGAGAAAGCAUCAGUCACACCAGAAUCAAGUAGUACGCUCUCAACAACAGCUGAAGACAGCUCAGAUGACCAGACUACUGAGAUGUCCAGCAAAGAGUCUACGACUUCUACACCUUCCUCAUUGUUUAGCACAGAGAGGCCAACAGCAUUACCAGUUACAGAAGAGGACAGUGCCGCCACAGUCCAGACAGAGAAACCCCCAGUAUUUUCAAUUACUGCUAAGACAGAGCACAGUUACAUUUCCACCCCAGCAGAAGAAGAAUGGUCAGGCAAUCAAACAGAAGACAUGUUCACUCAGACCUCCUCUGUCACAGCUAAAUCAUCCCUUUACAGCACUGUGGCUUCACCAUCAAUGUCACCUGAAAAACCAACAACUGUAACCACAAGUGAGACAGAGAAAGCAUCAGUCACACCAGUAUCAAGUACUACUCUCCUAACAACAGAUAAAGAGAGCUCUGGUGAUCAGACGACUGAGGUGUCCAGCAAAGAGACUACAACUCCUGCAGCCUCCUCAUUGUUUAGCACAGAGAGGCCAACAGCAUUGCCAGGUACAGAACAGGACAGUGACGUCACAGUCCAGACAGAGAAACCCUCAGUAUCUUCAGUUACUGAUAAAACAGAGCAAAGUUCCAUUUCCACCCCAGCAGAUGACGGAGGCUCAGGCGACCAAACCCAGGACAUGUUCACUCAGACCUCUUCUGUCACAGCUAAAUCCUCUCUCUACACAACUGAAGCACCAACAUCAAUGUCACCUGAUACAAAAGCUACUGUAACCUCAAGUGAGACAGAGAAAGCAUCAGUAUCACUAGAAUCAAGUACUACUCUCCCAACAAAAGAUGAAGAGAGCUCAGGUGAUCAAACGACUGAGGUGUCCAGCAAAGAGAUUAUAACUUCGAAAGGUUCCUCAUUGUUUAGUACACAGAAGCCAACAGCAUUGCCAGGUACAGAACAGGACAGUGACGUCACAGUCCAGACAGAGAAACCCUCAGUAUCUCCAAUUACUGAUGAGAUAGAGCACAGUUCCAUUUCAACCACAACAGAUGAAGAAGGCUCAGGCGAUCAAACUGAAGACAUGUUCACUCAGACCUCCUCUGUCACAACUAAAUCAUCUCUCUACAGUACUGAUGUUUCACCAUCAAUGUCACCUGAAACACCAGUAAUUGUUAGCACAAGUGAGACAGAUAAAGCAUCAGUAACAUCAGAGUCCAGUAGUACUUUCUCAACAACAGAUGAAGAGAGCUCAGGUGACCAGAAUACUGAGGUGUCCAGCAAAGAGUCGACAACUCCUACAGGCUCCUCAUUGUUUAGCACAGAGAAGCCAACAGCAUUGCCAGUUAGAGAACAGGACAGUGACGUCACAGUCCAGACAGAGAAACCCUCAGUAUCUUCAGUUACUGAUAAAACAGAAUACAGUUCCAUUUCUACCCCAGCAGAUGACGAAGGCUCAGGCGAUCAAACUCAGUACAUGUUCACUCAGACCUCCUCUGUCACAGCUAAAUCUUCUCUCUACACAGCUGAAGCACCAACAUCAGUUUCACCUGAUACAAAAGCAACUGUAACCACAAGUCAUACUGCGAAAGCAUCAAUCACACCAGAAUCAAGUAGUAUUCUCUCAACAACAGAUGAAGAGAGUUCAGGUGACCAGACUACUGAGGUGUCCAGCAAAGAGACUACGGCUCCUACAGCCCCCUCAUUGUUUAUCACAGAGAGGCCAACGGCAUUGCCAAUAAAGAAGGCCCAGGCGACCAAACAGAAGACGUGUCCACUCAGGCUACCUCUGUGA